AUGGUUGAUACAAUGUUUCAGAUAGAUACUAGCAUAGAAGAGGUGUCAUACUUCAUGCAUGCAGAUGGAUGUGAUACACAGAAAUUUAUUGACAAACUUCCAGCAGUUAUCAGCAAUGCAGGCAUUGGUAUUCGCGACCCAGCUGUUUCCUCCUUUGAUAUGGAAGUUAAGGAGCAUCAAUAUGAAGAUCCUCAGUUGAGCCGCUAUACAGAUACAUUCCAUGAGAACGAGAAGUCACCGUUUGAAGUUUCUAUAGAUGGAUGCAAUACUGAUGGUGCCUCAAAGGGAAAUUUAGGCUUGAGUUCAGCUGCCUUCUGCAUCAGGGAUGAGUUGGGAAAUCUGGUGUUUGCAGGUGCAAGACGGAUAUAUGAUACAACAAAUAUUUCAGAAGAAGAUGUGGCUAUACAAGAUGGAAUUGAGUACUGCAUAAAGAAACAAUUGUUUCCUAUGGUGAUUGAACCAAAUUCCCUAUCUAUGGUGAAAAUUAUGCAAGGUGAAUGGGAUGAUCCAUGGAAAAUUAAUUUGGAAGUAAGCAAGAUCAGAUAUUGGAGGAACAAGGGAAAAGUUCCUUUUGCUCACAUCCUAAGGGAAGGCAAUGCACUUGUAGACUUUUUAGCUAACCUGGUUUUUAAUUUUAAGAGUUACCAGUAG